CAGUAUGCUGCACAUAACAAAAACUAGAAGAGUUUCGUGGAAACAUUCGCGAAAUGGUGAUUCUCAAUCCAAACAUUUAUAUUUCUUGAAUAAUAUUGCUUAUAAAAAGCAAGGAUCUUUAAAAUACUCAUCUGCGAUUGUACAGAGGGUAGAUUUUCAGGUACAUUUGUUGAAUCUUCCUACUAGUUUAAUGUUUUGGAAUCAAAUUCGAUUUCAAAAAGAUUGCCCCAAACUACAUCGUGAUAUUCAGUAUCCUAGUUUCGAUGCAUAUAGAAAAGAGCAGUUUAAGGAUCUGAAACAUACAAAAUGGCAUUCUGGGGAUGAAAAACAUGGAUACACCUACGUUGCUGGUUUUUUUGGAUUACUUUGUGGAAUGUAUGGUCUAAAGUCGGAAUUAGUACACUUUUUAGUAAGCAUGUCGGCACCAGCCGAUGUCUUGGCUAUGGCCACAAUAGAAUUAGACAUUAAAAAUAUCGCUCCGGGUAUGUGUUCUUCCUACAAAUGGCGCGGGAAACCUCUUUUUGUUAAACAUAGGACGGAGGGUGAAAUAUCAGCAGAAGCGAAUACACCUUUUUCAGCCUUAAAAGAUCCAGAGACUCCUGAACAACGUACCAUCAAGCCUGAAUGGUUAAUAGUUAUCGGAAUUUGUACACAUUUGGGUUGCGUUCCCGUACCUAACUCGGGUGAUUGGGCUGGUGGAUUUUAUUGCCCUUGUCAUGGAAGCCAUUACGAUAACGUUGGAAGAGCGCGAAAAGGACCCGCUCCUCUUAAUUUAGAAGUGCCACCUUAUAAAUUUCUUUCUGAAACUGUUGUGUUGGUAGGUUAGUUAUUAUUUUAACAAUAAUAACAAUGUAAGCUUUUGUAUCAAACAGCGUGUAUCGCUUUAGUUGCUUAACCUAAGUAUGAUAAAAUAUAUAAAAUGCUUAUAUUC